CGCGGAUCAUGCAUGAGAGAGAGAGAGGGAGAGAGGGAGGGAGAGAGAGAGAGAGGAAGCUCCCCCUUCGUCUGCAAGCGCUGCAAAAGUGUGGAGGACGCGAGGCGAUGCGCACGGAGGCGCGUGCUGAGGCGGACGUAGUGACUGGAACAGAUCUCCGAGGACCGGGAGAAGAAAGUGCAAGCUGGGAGUAGAGAGAGCGAGAGAGAGGGAGAGAGCGAGAGAGAGAGAGAGAGAGAGAGAGAGAGAGAGAGAGAGAGAGAGAGAGGCGACAGCAGCAAAGCCUUGGACUUCCAGCAUUUCCGAGCAGGCGCCUCUCGAGAGAGAGCCCGGCGGAGGAGGGGGGGACGCGUGCGGGCUGCGGGGCUCGUGGUUCCGCCGUGCGCCCCGGUGAUGGAACCCGCAGCGGUGAUCCGGUGAACGACACGCACAUGCUCGGAGGUGGAAUGGGCUGUUUCGACGUCGCGGGGCGCGGGGCUGUGCUGUAACACCGGCGGAUCAUGGCAGGGCUUCACGCUUCGGACGCGCUCUCGGGACAUUUCUUGGAUCCUGCCAUCAGCGGCGCGCCGAACCCGGCGGGGAUCGCCGGAGACGCGGCCGCGCCGCCGCCGCCGCCGCACUCCGGAACCCGCGCGUACCUGGAGGUGUCGGCCGCUGCCCAGGGCUACGGGGCCGAGGGAGUUUACACCAAUGGCCGGUACCGGGACCACAGCAGUCCGCGGAUCGGGAGUGGCAGCCGCGAUAAUUCGGCGGAGAGGAGUCAAGCAGCCGGAAACGCACCUUGCGGCAUCAUGAAGGAUGGCUCCAAACAGAAGCAGGUGAGGAAGAAAACGGUGUCCUUCAGCUCAAUGCCAAGCGACCGUAAGAUCAACAGCACAGCCGCUUGCAUGGCCUUCAUGAUGGAGGGUUGUGAGAUGAAGAAGGUGCGUUCUAACUCGCGCAUGUACAACCGCUACUUCCUGCUGGAUCCAGACAUGCACUGGCUGCGUUGGGAGCCGUCCAAGAAGGAUUCGGAGAAAGCCAAGCUGGAAAUCAAGAGCAUUAAGGAGGUUCGUUUGGGAAAGAAAACCCCUGUUCUGCGCAGCAAUGGUCUUUCAGAUCAGUUCCCCGAUGAAUGCGCCUUCUCAAUUAUUUACGGGGACAACUACGAGUCACUGGAUUUGGUGGCCAGUACAGCCGAUGUCGUCAGCACCUGGGUGAUGGGACUGAGGUAUCUCGUAUCUUAUGGCCGUCACACGGUGGACAUGGUGGAACCGAGUCAGCCGAGCCUACGAACAUCUUGGAUUGGCUCGGUGUUCGAGCUAGCCGACAUGGAGAAAGAAGGACAAAUAGAUCUAUUCAGAGCCACACAGAUAAUCAAGGGACUCAACCCUGGAAUGAAAGAGUCUAGGAUAGAACUCAAGUUUAAGGAACUACAGAAAGCUAAAGACCAAUAUGGAGAGGCAAUUAAUAUGGACACUUUUGUGGAGGCCUAUUGUGAGCUCUGCACCAGACCCGAGAUUUUCUUUCUGCUGGUUCAGUUCUCCAGUAACAAGGAGUAUCUGGACAGUAAAGAUCUGAUGCUUUUUGUCGAGGUGGAGCAAGGCGUGGAAGGCGUAACAGAAGACAUGUGCAGGGAUAUUGUCAAGAAAUUUGAGCCAUCUGCCGAAGGCCGAGAGAGGGUCUACCUCACGAUUGAUGGUUUUACGCACUACCUCCUGUCCUCCGAAUGCCACAUUUUUGAUCCCCAGCACAAGCGUGUGUGCCAGGAUAUGACCCAGCCUCUCUCUCAUUACUACAUCAACUCAUCACACAAUGCUUCCCUUCUGGAAGAUCAUUUCUGGGGAUCGUCGGACAUCAGCAGCUACAUCAGAGCUCUGAGGAUGGGAUGCCGCAGCAUUGAGGUCAUCGUAUGGGACGGCCCUGAUAAUGAACCGGUGGUGUACGUCGGCAGCUCCGUUGCCUCUCAGUUGGCUUUCUCUAAAGUUCUGGACAUCAUAAACCAGUAUGCUUUUGAGGGUUCUGAGUAUCCCCUGAUUCUCUGCAUGGUAACCCAUUGCUGUAUCCCCCAGCAGAGGGUCAUGGCACAACAUAUGAAGAAGAUUCUUGGGGACAAGCUACACAUUGAGCCUCCCAACAAAGAGGAGAACUACCUACCCUCUCCUGAAACUCUCAAAGGUAAAAUUCUUCUCAAGGGCAAGAAGCUCCCACCCAGCUGUGCAGACGCCGAAGGGGAUGUGACGGAUGAGGAGGAGGGUCUGGAAAUGUCUCGAAGAGUGGGAGCCGAUGACAGGGACCACCUGAAUGGCUUGGGCUGCAAAAGACUCAGACUGUGCAGAGAACUCUCUGAUCUUAUUUCUCUUUGCAAGUCUGUCCAGUUCAGGGACUUUGAGAUUUCUAAGAGAGAACAAAAAUACUGGGAAAUGUGCUCCUUCAAUGAGGUGGAUGCAAACAGGUUUGCCAACGAGUUCCCGGAGGAAUUUGUCUGCUACAACAAGCGCUUCCUCUCCAGAGUUUAUCCCACGCCGAUGAGGAUCGAUGCCAGCAACAUGAACCCCCAAGAUUUCUGGAAGUGUGGCUGCCAAAUUGUGGCGAUGAACUAUCAGACACCAGGCCUGAUGAUGGACCUCAACCUGGGCUGGUUCAGGCAGAAUGGCAACUGCGGUUACGUUUUGCGGCCAGCAAUCAUGAGGGAAGAGGUGUCCUACUUUAGUGCCAACGCCCGAGACUCCCUACCAGGAGUGUCUGCACAGCUUCUCCACAUCAAGGUCAUCAGCGGGCAGAAUCUGCCCAAGCCUCGGGGCUCUGCUGCAAAGGGCGACGUGGUGGAGCCCUACAUUUAUGUGGAGAUCCAUGGCAUACCAGCUGAUUGUGCUGAGCAAAGAACCAAGACUGUGUCCCAGAAUGGUGACAACCCUAUUUUUGAUGAAAGUUUUGAAUUCCAGAUUAAUUUACCGGAACUUGCAGUGCUGCGGUUCGUGGUUCUGGAUGAUGACUACAUUGGAGAUGAGUUCAUUGGCCAAUACACCAUCCCGUUUGAGUGCCUACAGCCAGGCUACAGACACGUCCCUUUACAGUCGCUGACAGGAGAGUUCCUUCCCAACACAACCCUGUUUGUUCAUGUAGCCAUCACGAACAGGCGGGGCGGAGGAAAGGCACACAAACGGGGUUUGUCUGUCAGGAAGGGCCGGAAGGCCCGGGAGUACACCACCACCAAGACAACAGGGAUCAAAGUUGUGGACGAGCUUUUCCGAGCUUCCACCCAGCCCCUCAGGGAGGCCACGGACCUCAGAGAAAAUGUCCAGAAUGCCAUGGUGUCCUUCAAGGAGCUGUGCGGCCUGACGCCCGCGGCCAACAUGAAGCAGUGCAUCCUGACCGUGUCCACCUGGCUGAUGAACAGCGAGAGGUCUCUGAGGGUGACGGUGGACCUGAGCGAGGCCUACCCCGCCAUGGAGGCUCAGGGCCCGGUGCCGGAGCUGCUGCGCAAAGUGCUCAACGCCUACGACAUGAUGAUCCAAACCAGCAGAACGCUGAUCGAGUCGGCCGAUGUGGUCUACUCCAAGCUCACACAAGCACAGCGGGCAGGUCUGGACUUCCAUGAGGACUUGCACCGCAUCGGAGCGAAGGAGGGUCUGAAAGGCCGCAAACUCCAGAAGGCCAUGGAGAGCUACGCCUGGAACAUCACCGUCCUGAAGGGCCAGGCCGACCUGCUGAAGCACGCCAAGAGCGAGGCGCUGGACACCCUGCGGCAGAUCCACUGCGCCGCCCAGUCCUGUGGCCUCAGUAAAAACGGCGCGGCCUCCCCGCAGCUCCAGCACCACCCCCCUCCUCUCCACCAGCCGCUGCAGACGCAUCAGCAACCUCAGGCCAAGCCCCACCCGCCGCCGCCGCUCCCGCCGCUGUACCAGACCCAGACCCAACCUCAGGCUUACCUCCCGCCCUACCAUCAGCAAUAUCCCCCGCAGCCGCCGGCGCUCCCCCUGCCCCAGACUGUUUCCAAACCGCCGGCCUACCCUCAGCCCCCGCCGCCGCCGCCGCCCCAGCAGCAGAGGGCGGCCGCACCCCUGGACGCCAUCCCCGAGAAGGAGACGGAGGCGGUCAGCGACAGUCCUGCGGGAUCGUGCUGACCCGCAGCCUGUGCCCACAGAGAACCCCCCCCAGAGGCAGGCCGAGAGCGCCGGGCGGCGGCAGAGACGCAGGAAGUCGACCACGUCAGGGACAUGGAGGAAGUCGCAGAGAGGAUCAGGGAAAUGAUGGUGGCGAGGAAGACUCGCCGCGUUCGGAGCGAGACGCAGGUCUGAGCAGAUGAGCCUCACUCGCACGUCAAUACGAGGGCCGGGAAGCCGGGAAAGAUGGCGCCGGGUUUUUCGCAGGAUUUAGAAGGUUAGAAUUCUCCACCUGAGCCAGAAAGGUUUUACAACUUCCAUCUUUUCUGCGGUGAAAGGUCAGCAGCUGGCACCCGUGUGUGUUUCUGAGAGUGCUCAGCAGUUUGACGGAUGAUUCAGACGUCUCUGUCUCUCUUUGGGCCGUGCCGCUAACACACACACACACUCACACACACACACACACACACACACACACUCUUCACGAUGUACCUUAAGCUCUGUGGGUACAGGCUUUUCUUCACGCCGGCUUUCAAAGCCUCAAAUUUGCCUUUUUAUUUUGAAAGACUCCUUGGCAUGACUUUGAGUUUUUACACCUCCCUCUAUCUUAGACAUAAAGCUAAGUGCUAACCCCCAACUCCCCCCCAAUGAAGAGGACGUCGUUUUUUUUUCAUUUUAAGUGCACAAAGUAGAGCAGUUCUACUAGCGUGAGCUCUGUAGGAGUCAUUUCAGCACAAACCAGGGAGCUGUAGAGCGUAGGAGAAACAAACUACAGCUGUUGAAUUCCACUCACACUAACAUCCUGCCCCCCAACCACCCCUGCCCGGAUAGACGUCCCCGGUCGUCCGGUAGGGUUCUGGAUCUUCAGCACCCCCCUCCCCUCCACAGGGUCUCCUCGUCUCCUGUGUGUUCGCCGUGAUGUGAGGUGGUGUCUUGGUCCCCCCCCCCCUCCCCACCUCCCGGGUGGCGCUCGCCCACCGCUCACUCUCAACUGGAAUACCUGACCCCCGCCCGUCGGAGGUCAACCGCGGUUCUGCUGUCAGUGAUUCUAGAUGUAAAGUGUAUGUUAAAAAAAAAAACAAAAAACAUUCAGCUGUACGAAGGGAACAUAUAUUGCUAUAACGACUCUCAGACAUUAACGAUUGAUAUUAUGAUAACUGUUGUUAGUUUUAUUGAUAUUCUGAUUCUUUUUUUUUUUUUUAACAUUACUGCCACAAUGUCGAGAGAUUCGAUGGCUGUCGUCCCGCGGCGCGGGGUCUGAACCGCCGGCGCACGCGGGACCGGACGGAGGGAUUUACGGGUUCGUGCCACGACGCGCCGGUCUGGCGUGUUUCACUCCCGAGUGGGUGUGGUUUCUGUGAGAGCUCCUCUGAGUGGCCCAUUAAAACUGGCUUCAUUGUUUA